AAAAACAAGAACGACAGCAUUUGGAAAUUCGAUUUCAUACAAAGUUAAAAUCACCGUCGCCCUCUCUAAACCCUACACCACCGAAGGGAUGCGAAUACAUUCUUCAUGUUACCAUUGAAUCUCUGCACUCUAGGGUUUUGUAUUUGAUUGCUAUGCCAAUAAUGGUCGGUAUCAUGACUUCGAAUUCGGGAGAAAGGCUCGACGGUCUUGCGAAUUCGGCCAAAUUGGCCACGGAAUUGCCUCCAAAGCUGGACCGGUUGCGCCAGCUGCGCCGGUAUUUGCAAGAAGAUUCGACCAUUUUCUCCUCCGAGUUGCUUCCUCUCCUCUUCGAUCUUCUCUCCGACCGCUUCGGUGCUGUCCGCAAGAUUGUCGCCGAGAUUCUUGGAGAAAUCGGCUUGAAACAUCUUGACUAUUUGCCUGAAAUAGUGCCUGUUUUCAUUGAGGCUCUCAAAGAUGAGACACCGGCUGUGGCCAGACAGGUCAUUGCUUGUGGAGCGAAUUUAUUCCGUUCGACCCUUGAAAGCGUGGCUGUUCAGGGUCUGCAUUCUAGCGAGUUGAAUGAGCUCCUUGAAUCUUCGUGGGCAUGGAUGUUAAAGUUCAAGGAUGAAAUAUGCUCACUGGCUUUCGAGGGAAGGGGUGGUGUAAGACUGCUGGCUAUGAAAUUUGUUGAAACACUUAUUGUUUUGUACACACCUGAUACUAGUGGGUCUUUGGAACCUCCUUCUCAUGAAGGAAAUCGUGCGGAGUUUAACAUAUCUUUUCUUCGUGGAGGCCAUCCUGUUCUGAAUGUUGGAGACUUGUCGAUUGAGGCCAGCCAGAAACUGGGAUUACUGCUUGAUCAACUCAGACACCCUGCUGUAAAGUCUCUUAAUAGCUCAGCCAUUAUUGUUCUUAUCAACAGUCUUUCAUCAGUUGCAAAGAAACGGCCUGCUUACUGUGGACGCAUUCUGCCUGUUCUACUGAGCUUUGAUCCCCCUGCCUUUGUCAAAGGAGUGAAUGCGGCAGCGGCACAUCGUGCUUUGAAGACUGUGUUUCUCUACUGCUUGAAAUGUACACACCCGACUGCUGCACCGUGGAAGGACCGAUUGAUUUGUGCUCUGGGAGAGAUAGAGAGUGGAGAUUUGGCAGGGAAAGCUCAAGACCAGUUUUUCAAGAGUAAUGGAAGCACUGAGGAUAAAGACAAUGUACAUGCUAUCAAGGAAGAUAAACCUCUGCUUACAACUUCUGAUGCUGCACAGAGUAACUUCAGGAGGAAAAGAUCUGGAUCACACGACAAUAAUGAUCUGGAUGGAGAUGCUACGAAUGGAAAACGUGCAAGAUUGACACCUCCUGUCCCAGAAGAAUCUAGGAAAGGUUUAAAUGGAAACGUUGUUUCCUCUCAACUUCAGGUUGGUACGCCUUCAACUGGACCGAGUAACAGCAGAGGAGGCUGUGAUUCUGGACCUGUUCAGCAACUGGUUGCUAUGUUCGGGGCGUUGGUUGCUCAGGGUGAAAAGGCUAUUGGGUCUUUGGAGAUUCUUAUUUCAAGUAUUUCAGCCGAUUUGCUUGUUGAUGUUGUGAUGGCCAAUAUGCAUAAUCUUCCAUCCAAAGGUUAUGAAGAUGAAGGCGCUGAUGAGUUGGUAAUGAACAUGUCAAUAGUUGGCAGUGAUGCAGAAAUCAAGUAUCCACCAUCAUUCCUAGCUGGUGUCCUAUCAUUGUCAACUACAUUUCCGCCGAUUGCUUCCCAGAUUUUUCCUCAUAUACCGAAAAUAGAAGAUGGAGUUGAAGAACUAUGUGCCGAUCAUGUGGACGACCACCCUUUCCUGCCUGGAGAUGCAGUUCUUGCAGCUGAUGUAUUGGCCUCUUCUGAUGCUGCUUUACCAACAAAAGAAGUGGGUGAUAUGAUGUUGCCAUCAGACGUGCGUGAUGUAGGUGAUAUUGAAAGUGGAAUACCUGGACUGGAUUCCUCUGUGCCAGAAGCCAUGGUUUCUGCAUCAGCUUCUACAGAUGUGGAGGAUGCUAACCAGAUUCAAAGUGUGAGUUUCAGUGGAAAACCAAUUGCUGACGUGAUGCCCUCUUUGUCUAUGGAUAGGUCAGAGGAAUUAAGUCCAAAGGUGGAUGGCACAAGUUCCAACGGCUUGGUUUCCUCAACUGCAACUUCCGAUGCUGUUGCACCUCAUUUUGUGUUGCCCAAGAUAUCAGCACCUGUUGUUGACCUUUCUGAUGAAGACACUGACAGUUUACAAAAGCUGAUGUUUAUCCGUAUAGUCGAAGCAUAUAAGCAAAUUGCAGUUUCUGGUGGUUCACAACUUCGCUUUUCUCUACUUGCUCAUUUGGGAGUUGAGUUUCCUUUGGAGUUAGACCCUUGGAAAUUACUACAGGAGCACAUUCUAUCGGAUUAUUUGAAUCAUGAGGGACAUGAGUUGACUGUGCGGGUUCUUUACAGGCUAUAUGGGGAGGCAGAAGAAGAACAAGAUUUCUUUUCAUCAACCACUGCUGCUUCUGUCUAUGAGACAUUCUUGCUGACUGUGGCUGAAGCACUUAGAGAUUCUUUUCCACCAUCUGACAAAGCAUUGAGCAAAUUGCUCGGAGAUGCUCCAUAUCUCCCCGAUUCGGUUCUAAAGUUGUUGGAAGCUUUUUGCUGUCCUGGAAGUAGUGAAAAGGUGGAUAAAGAUGUGAAUAGUGGAGACCGUGUAACACAAGGUCUUAGUGCUGUGUGGAGCCUGAUUUUGCUGAGACCUGGAAUCCGAGAUGCCUGCCUGAAGAUCGCUUUGCAGAGUGCUGUUCAUCACUUGGAAGAAGUCCGCAUGAAAGCAAUCCGCCUGGUGGCAAACAAACUCUAUCCAUUAUCAUACAUUGCACAUCAGAUUGAGGAAUUUGCCAAGGACAUGCUAUUUUCUGUCGUGAGUGGCACUUGUACUGAGAGACCUGAUGCUGAAGCACCGAGUAAUGAAUCUAGAAAGGAUCUUGAGGUGGAAAAUAUACCAAAUGAGCCUCAGUCGGUGAAUGGUAUCAAUAAAGAUAUGUCAGAAGCAAGUCAAUCAUACUCAUCAUCAGCUUCAAUUCCUGCAGCCCAACAGUGCAUGUCACUGUAUUUUGCUCUCUGUACAAAGAAGCAUUCCCUUUUUCGCCAUGUGUUCAGUGUUUACAAGAAUGCACCAGAUCAUGUUAAGCAGGCUAUUCAUCGGCAUAUCCCAAUACUAGUCCGUACUAUGGGGUCAUCUCCUGAGCUUCUUGAAAUUAUAGCAGACCCUCCGAGUGGGAGUGAGAAUCUUCUGAUGCAGGUCUUGCAAACCCUUACUGAUGGACAUGUGCCAUCUUCAGAGUUAAUACAAACUAUAAGGAAGUUGUUUGAAACAAAAAUGAAGGAUGCCGAAAUUUUAUUUCCGAUAUUGCCUUUCAUGCCGCGAGACGAUGUUCUACGUAUUUUCCCCCACUUGGUGAAUCUUCCUUUGGAGAAGUUCCAGGUUGCACUUUCUCGUGUAUUGCAGGGAUCACCUCGCUCCGGUCCAGUGCUUUCUCCAUCCGAAGUUCUAAUUGCUAUCCAUGGUAUUGAUCCAGAGAGAGAUGGAAUUCCGCUAAAGAAGGUGAUAGAUGCAUGCAAUGCCUGUUUUGGGCAGAGGCAGAUAUUUACUCAACAAGUGUUGGCCGGUGUUCUGAAUCAACUGGUCCAGCAAAUUCCUCUUCCCCUAUUAUUCAUGCGUACUGUGCUACAAGCUAUCGGUGCUUUUCCGGCAUUGGUGGACUUCAUCUUGGAUAUUCUUUUGCGUCUCGUCAGCAAGCAGAUAUGGAAAUCUCCCAAGUUGUGGGUAGGAUUCUUGAAAUGUGCUCAGUUAACACAGCCUCAAUCAUACAAAGUGUUACUACAGCUUCCUUCACCUCAACUCGAUAAUGCAUUGACUAAAAUCUCAGUCCUAAAAGCUCCACUUGCUGCUCACGCCAGUCAGCCAGACAUCCGGUCUUCACUUCCAAGAUCUACAUUAGCCGUACUGGGAAUUGCCCAGGAUUCAUCGGCAGCACAGACGAGUCAAGUGCAACCGAGUGAGGGACCGAUGAGUCAGGGACAGCAAGCGAGCGAGGCCCAGAUGGGUCAAUCUCAGCAAGUAGUGUCUGCACAAGUGAGCCAGUCUCAAGCAAGUCAGGCAGAGACCAGCCAAUCAGAAGUGGACCAAUCUCAGUCUCAAACCAGUCCGGAAGGCACCACCGAGCGCCAGCCUGAGAUGAGUCAGACCCAAGAAUCGGAUCCCCAAGCUACAAGUCAGGUGCAGCUGAGCCAGGCUCAAACGAGUCAGACCCAGACUUCAGAUUCUCAAGCUUCAAGCCAUGCAGUAGCAGCUACUCAAGCCCACCAGACAACCGACACAGCCGACUCAGAACACGAGCCUGUGACAGUAACUGAGGAAUCGAAAGAAUCUCCUUGUGCAUCUGGUUAGAGCUGAGGUCGUAGUUGGUAAUAUGGCAGAACUUACAUAGAUCAUCAUCCCCGGUAGAGUAGACGAAUUUUGGAACUCAAACAGGUAAGAAGAAGGGGUGAAUGCGUGUGGAAGUGAGAAUUGUUCUUGAAAGUGUUGUGUUUGUAGAACGAUUUGUAGCGUUGUGAGAGUUGGGUCGCUUAAUUGUUACUGUGUCGGGAAUGGGUCAGUGUGAACUCCAGAAUGAGACCGAUACCAAUAACAAAGCCCUGCAAUAUGAAAUUUAUGUACCGUAUCUCCUGUGUUUUGACUCGAGUUUA